AGCCAAGGCAGCCCAGCCCCAACUCAUGCAUACUAUCUAAUAGCCCCGCAACCUUUUUUCUCUUCUCUACUUUUCAUUUUUUUUUAGAGCUUGUACUUAUACUCUUACUAGCUUACCUUAUCCCCUUGGUCCCUUGCAGUAAAUGCAUAUCUAGGACUUAGGCAAUGCACCCCUUCUCCCGCCUCGUCCACCGACCUACUAGUCCUACAUACUACUACACUCGCAAAAACAUCACACGAAUAUCGCUAGGGGUACCCUCCUCUCCGUCUCAAUCUACAAGUGGGAUCGGGAGAUUACUGAGUACGAGUACAAUGCCGCGCUUGAAUCCCGUUUCGCAGGCCGCCAUCGACCGCCUCAGACAUUACACCCCGCCUCCUUCGAACUACGAGCAUGUGCCGCUGUCGCGACGCGCAGCGGUCUUGGUGCUGCUGUAUGCGGAUCGGACGGGGGAGUUGAAGGUGGUGUUGACGAUGCGGGCGAAGACGUUGAGUUCUUAUGCGGGUCAGGCUGCGUUACCUGGGGGCCGCGCCGACGCUCUCACUGAAUCGCCCUUCCAGACUGCUCGCCGCGAGGCCUACGAGGAGAUUGGUCUGCCCCAAGACCCCCAGAGAUUCCCGCCGCCCUUUCGCGUGGAGCAUCUCUGCGAAUUACCCGCCAACCUCGCCCGCACGGAGCUGGUGGUUCGGCCGUGUGUGGCCUUGCUGCACUCAUACGAUGACGCCACGCACGAGAACGCUGAUCCCGAGGUGUCGUUGAUCCCGAGGCUGGAUGCCAAAGAGGUGGCGGCGGUAUUUACCGCCCCGUUCCAGGACUUCCUCCGCGUCAAGGCCGAUGCCGAUCCGGAGUGGUAUCGUGGAUCGUGGACGGAGUGGCAUGAGAGUCGGUGGAGGAUGCAUCAAUUCUUCGUGCCGGUUCGUGCGGAGGAAGUGGCCAAACCGAAGACUGAGAGCAAAGAACAGCAACACGUUAUCAGUCAGCUCAAGGAGCAGGAGAAGGUCGCCGCGGUCGCGCGGUACCGGGUUUGGGGCAUGACUGCUCGCAUGAUGGUGGAUGUGGCGCGUGUUGCGUAUGGACAGGAGCCGGAUUUCGAACAUAACAGCCACUUCGGGGAUGAGGCCAUGAUCUCACGCUUGCUGAAAAUGGGUCGGUUGAGCGCUGUCCGGAAACAAGGGGAUCAAUUAACGCAAGAAGAUAUGAAGUUAGCUGCUAAGCUUAGUUAGCCGUGCUCCA